CUUUGCUGUCAGAUGGACUAGAUAUGAGGCAAGGUUCGUUAUAGAAAGAAAUGAUGUGUUCCCUGGACGGCCUUCGAAUUGCCAGGACACUGCAAUCGUUACAUUUUAGAACGUGUGAUGUGGUAGGUUAACCAAUUUUGAACACAACAUAGUCAGUUCUGCGAGUCAACGACAUCAAAGUUCAGAAAUUUUAAAAGAAAAUUGACAUGGAAGAAAAAGAAGAAAUAUUGAAACAAGCUCUUUUGGCCAAACGAUCACAGAGAAAAUCUCUCCUCAAGUCAACGAACCAUUACAAGUUAAGAUGGUUUAUUUUAACGAAGAAACAUUUGCGCUACCAUGACGGGAACGCAGAUCGACAAGGCAGAGAGCGUGGAAGGCUUCAUCUAGCAUCCAUAAAGAUGGUCGAAGCUGUGGCAGACGGUGCUCUCGAAAGGGACAAUGCCUUUCAGGUUGGCCAUGGUGAUCGUCUGCUGUAUAUUGUGGCGCCGUCUGCUCAGCACAGAGAAGACUGGAUUACAACCAUAAGAAAACAAUGUGUAAACAACGAAGAAUUGUGCUCCCGUUUCCAUCCUGGAAUCUGGAAAAAGAAGCGCUGGUCGUGCUGCGGACAAAGCGAGAGAAAGGGGGGGUGUACGCCCACAUGGGGCGCGGGGUGCACGACUGCCUCUUCAAACGGGAGAGCUGCAACGCCCUCUGGAAGUCUUUCAGCUCCUAUUUCGUCCAAGCCGAAUUUGGUGGUGCCAAAAGUGGUGACUGCGCUCUUCCCAUUUAAAGCCAUCGAAGAGGGGGAUCUAAGCUUGCAGGCUGGUGAAGAAUACACCGUAGUUGACGCAUCCGGUGAACACUGGUGGCAGGUGCGAAGCAAGCACGGCGCUGUCGGCUACAUUCCCAGCAACUACGUAGAAGAGAAAGUAAUGACGGGACUUGGACAAUACAAGUGGUACGUCGGCGAAAUGUCGCGACAACGGGCGGAGUCACUUCUGCAGCAGGAAGCGCGCGAGGGUACGUUCAUGGUGCGCAACUCUUCCAGCGCCGGCAUGUACACCUUGUCCCUGUACGCUGGCGGUCAAGUCAAACACUACCACAUAUGCACAAACUCGGAAGGGAAGCUCUUCCUGACGGAACGUCGCAAGUUCUCGUCGUUGGAAGAACUCGUCACGUAUCAUCGUCACGACAGCGGAGGCCUGGCCUCUCGUCUGCGCCAGCCGGCAAGGCGUUUGACACCGUCGGGUGUUGCACCCGAGCUUCCGGCCUCCUCUGGGCUUGCCCAUGGCAAGUGGGAAAUAGACCCCUCGGAACUCUCACUCCUGGAAGAAUUGGGAAGUGGACAGUUUGGGGUUGUACGGCGUGGAAAAUGGCGUGGGACACGUGACGUUGCGGUGAAGAUGAUGAAGGAAGGCACCAUGUCCGAGGAUGACUUCAUCGAAGAGGCCAAGCUCAUGACCAAACUGCAGCACACGAACCUGGUACAGCUGUACGGCGUAUGCAGCAAGCACAGACCCAUUUUCAUAGUAGCGGAGUACAUGAAGUAUGGUUCCCUGCUGCAGUUCCUACGGCGUCAUGAGGCAACGUUGAGCAGUCAGGGUCCCAUGCUCUUGGACAUGUGCCUUCAGGUUGCCAGCGGAAUGGCAUAUCUGGAGAGCCACAACUAUAUUCACCGAGAUUUGGCAGCAAGAAAUUGUCUCGUCGGAGAAGGCAACGUAGUCAAGGUCGCUGACUUUGGCUUGGCUAGGUAUGUAAUAGACGACGAAUACACGAGCUCGGGCGGUGCCAAGUUCCCAAUCAAGUGGGCCCCGCCGGAAGUCCUGGGUUACACCCGCUUCAGCAGCAAGUCUGAUGUCUGGGCUUACGGUGUCCUCAUGUGGGAAGUGUACACGUGUGGCAAGAUUCCGUACGGACGCGCUGCCAACGCCGAGGUCGUAGAACGGGUGCAGCACGGAGAGCGGCUUGCGCGACCGAGGACCUGUCCUCGAGACGUGUACCGCGUCAUGCGUUCCUGUUGGGAAAAGAAACCCGAUGCAAGGCCGUCGUUCAGCUCCAUAAAAGGGCAGUUAGAAAAAAUACUAGAGAAGGACUCCUGACACGAGAAACUGCCUCGAUAGAUGCACGUUUUCACGUUUCGCGCAUUCGCGUUUAAUCUUCGACCCUGUACUGCCUGCCCUGCAUAGCGAAAAUAAGAAUGACUAAACAAGGGGGACUACUUGAAUUCCA